CAGUAUUAAUGAAAUGGAGUCAGUCCGAUCUAGACAUAAAACACAAAGAUGCAUUCAUAAUUUUGUUUCAUACUUGGAAGUCUCAUCCAUUCCUUCCUAAACAAAUUUUUAGAAAAUGGAUUUUUUUCUCUUUUUUUUUUCUUUUUUUUUUGCAUCCAAUGCAAUUGUCAAAGGUGCGAGCACUCUGAAGCUUGACGGAUAACAAUGUUUCAAUGAGCAGAGCUGUAAAAAAGUGUACUCUUCCUGUAACAUUCUUGCCUCAUGACAUCACAAAGAUCUGAUGGUGGGGGAGUCAGAAUUCUGUCCUCUGUCAGUUGGUGGAUAACAGCUGGGAAUUAUUACCCUGGUAGAGGUAUGCACACUUCUAGUUUGAACUCACUGACUUGGUUCUCAUAAUAUUACCAUAAAAAUUUUUUUUUUGCAAUCACUCUAAUGUAUUUUGUGUGUAAUAUUUUAUUUUCGUAGCCCUGCAGCCUGCUCGAUGCCUAAAGGAUGUGCCUUUUAAAUAUUUACCUACUGUAAGGGUGCUUAUUGUAUGGGUUGCUAGACAACUUGUGAAACCAGUAGAUCUCGUCUGUUUAAAUAGCCACUGGGCAAACAUUUUAUCUGUGAAUGAACACGUGAAGGUUGCACACUACUUCUUGUUGGUGGCGGGGGGAGCUGAACUAACUGCUGCAGAGUGGCUCUUCUCUGAAAUGAUGAUGGGGAGCGUGCGGAGCAGAAGGUGGGAUUGCCCUGUGUGUCUGUUCUGCACAGUCUAAAUAUACGCCGGUGACAAAUAGUCCAAAUAGCAACCCAACUGUGAUGUGGGGGUGGCGGCACAGAGAAGAGCUCCGUCUCCAAACUCGACACUGUCGAAUCCUGCAUCCAUCGAGGAGGGUCGCAGAGAGUCUGAGCUCCCUCCCGCAAACUUCAAACCUCCACUGCGGCUCGAUGAUGAAGAGGCAAAACGCCAGGACUCUUGCCCUCAUCAUCAGCAUCCUCACCUACCUGGUGGUCGGUGCAGCUGUCUUUGACACGCUGGAGUCAAAACAGGAAAAAAGUCACAAAAGGAGGCUCGAGGCCAGGAAAUAUGAACUUAUGCGCAAAUUUAAUCUGACCAAAGAGAACUACAACGAGCUGGAGCAGGUGGUUCUGCACCUCAAACCUCACAAAGCGGGAGUCCAGUGGAAAUUCGCCGGCUCCUUUUACUUCGCCAUCACUGUGAUUACGACAAUAGGUUAUGGUCAUGCAUCCCCCAGCACAGACUCAGGGAAAGUAUUCUGCAUGUUCUACGCCCUCCUGGGGAUCCCGCUUACCCUGGUGAUGUUCCAGAGCCUUGGGGAGCGCAUCAACACUUUUGUCAGGUACCUGCUGCACCAAGCCAAGAAGUGCCUGGGAUUGCGUCAAACGGAGGUCUCCAUGGCAAACAUGGUGACAGUGGGCUUCUUCUCCUGCAUGAGCACCCUGUGUGUGGGGGCUGUGGCGUUCUCCCACUGCGAGGGAUGGAGCUUCCUCCAUGCCUUCUAUUACUGCUUCAUUACGCUCACCACUAUUGGGUUUGGCGAUUACGUGGCCCUACAGAAGGACAACGCCCUGCACAACGACCCCCGAUAUGUAGCUUUCUGCUUCAUCUACAUCCUAACGGGCUUGACGGUGAUUGGGGCCUUCCUCAACCUCGUGGUGCUUCGGUUCCUGACCAUGAACACUGAGGACGAGCGGAGAGACGCUAAGCAGAAAGCUCUGCUCUCCAGCAAUAAGCCCAGAGGAGAGGUGACUCGACUAAUCCCCGUCCCUGCCUCAGCCACCUCCACGCCAGAUGAUACCGCGAAGGCGAAAGAUUUCAAACGCGUCUACACUGAAGUGCUUCAUUUCCAGACAAUAUGCUCCUGCCUGUGGUACAGGAGCAAGGAAAAGCUGCAAGGCGCCAUACCCACCACGGUCCCUCACAAGCUGACGUUCUCCGAUGCCUACUUGCAACAAAGCAGUAAUUGUCUUCACUACAUGGAGCCUGGAUCAACAGGCUGUGUGUGCAGUCCACGUCAGUGCACGAGUAUAAGCUCCAUAACAACGGGCCUACACAUUUUCUCUCCAUUCAGGGUGUUUAAGAGACGCAGCUCCGUCUAGCCUUUCAAAAGCAGCAGAUUACAACACGGCGUAAUACUGCCAAGUGCACCUGAGACUCCUCACAGCCAAAAUGUUUGUGGUGCUAUAAACUCAAUAAUACAACAGUACACAGAACACUGUAAACACCAACCAACUCAUACUCAAAUGGGCAUUUGACAAAGUGCAGCAUGCCUUUAUUUUGAACUGAGGAUGUGCAUUCAGAGGCCCCCCGCCCCCCACCCACCCCACGUCAGAGUCAUCUUAUGCCAAGUGAACAGACGAGGGAGCAAUAAAAUGUCCAAACAAAAUAAACGAUGCACAACAGCUCAGCAGCAUAUCCCAACUUUGUUGAUUUUGUUGUGAAUGUCAGAGGUGAUGAUUCAUCCCAUUUCUUAAAGUCGCAGACGGCUGAAUGUUUUCUCAUGUA